AUGGCAGAAACCCAAGCCAGAGGAUUUGGAAGAGGUGGUCGUGGUGGCCGCGGCCGUGGCCGUGGCCGUCGUGGCGCCAAGCGUGAUGAAGAAAAGGAAUGGAUGCCCGUCACCAAGUUGGGCCGUUUGGUGAAGGCCGGUAAGAUCAAAUCUAUUGAAGAGAUCUACUUGUACUCCCUCCCCAUCAAGGAGUACCAAAUUGUUGACUUCUUCUUGCCUAAGUUGCAAGACGAGGUUAUGAAGGUUUGCCCCGUCCAGAAGCAAACUCGUGCCGGUCAACGUACUCGUUUCAAGGCUUUCGUUGUUAUUGGUGACAGCGAUGGUCACGUUGGUUUGGGUAUCAAGUGUGCUAAGGAAGUUGCUACCGCCAUCCGUGGUGCCAUCAUCAUGGGUAAGCUCUCCAUCAUGCCCGUUCGUCGUGGCUAUUGGGGUACUGCUUUGGGUGACCCUCACACUGUCCCUAUCAAGGUCUCCGGUAAGUGCGGUUCCGUUACUGUCCGUCUUGUCCCUGCUCCUCGUGGUGCUGGUCUCGUUGCCGCCCCUGUUACCAAGCGUUUCCUCCAACUCGCUGGUAUCCACGACUGCUACACCCAAUCUCGUGGUUCCACCAAGACUUUGGGUAACUUCGUCAAGGCUGCUUUCGCUGCUGCUUCCGUUACCUACGGUAUCCUUACUCCUAACUUGUGGGCUGAGCGUCCUUUCGGUCAAACCCCCAUUGAGGAGUAUGCCGAUAUCUUGAUGCAAACUGAGAAGAAGUACUAA